CGCGGUUACGAGCGUAUCGCAAUCAUGCAAGGAUUAUCAUUUGUUUCCAACGGACUGCUCGGUCCAUCCACGAAAGCAGCUGAUACCCCACUUCCUGAAGACUUGCUGGCCACUUCACUAAACCCAGAGCCACAAACAACUAGCUUCUCUCCCAAUGGGUCGGCGUGCAAUGUUUUCAGACCAGACCCCCCGUCUCCUCUAGACAAUCAUCACGUUUACAAUGAAGCACGUGGUCUUGAUGAUUCUACAACGGUCACCUUCAACCCAACUGGCCUACUCUCAGAAUCCCAGGAUGAUGCAUUUCCACCAAUAUCUGCUAUCCUCGCUCUCAACUCUAAUAGGAAAGAGCUUGAGGUACCUGCCUUGUCACAUGCUCGAAAUUCUCUUCGAGCCACGACGUAUGACGGUAAAACUCUCUACAUCAGGCGUAAACCCCGCGUGGUUGAACUACGCAAGUCAAACGCCCCCACCCCGCAAGCAAGCAAUCUGUUGGAGAUACCGAUACAUAGACUCAUGGAAGAAUGCUCCAGUUCCAGUGCCAUGAAAGCCAGCACAAGCUGUAUCUCUGAAAAAGAGCGCCCUAACGAGCAAACGCAUGGCGAACAUACCUUAUGGGUAGAACGAUAUCGACCUCGGCGUUUCACUGAACUCCUCGGGAACGAACGAGUGGCCCGCGAAGUUCUAGCAUGGGUAAAACAAUGGGACUGGUGUGUGUUUGGCAAGCAUCGGAAGAAGAGGGCCCGAGAGAAGGAAGAUAAUUAUAACGCUGAGGACGAGUAUCGCCGGCCAAGAGAAAAGUUGUUACUAUUGUCAGGUCCUCCAGGGCUUGGCAAAACUACCCUAGCUCACGUCGUUGCCGCACACGCGGGCUACGAGGUCAUGGAAAUCAACGCAAGUGAUGCUCGGUCUGCCCAAAUCAUCGACGAGCGAAUACGACCUACAUUAGAGGCAGGGUCCAAGGUUGGAAGCUCAAAACCGGUUCUACUGGUCAUUGACGAAAUUGAUGGUGCUACCGGGGGUGGUGACAAUUCAAGCGGCUUCGUCCAGAAACUGGUUUCACUCACCUUUAAUAAAUCGAACAAGAAGGGAAAGAGUCGAGGUAAAAACCACUCCCGUCCGCUUCUGCGGCCUAUAAUCUGCAUUUGCAACGACCCAAACUCUCACGCAUUAGCAGCGCUUCGCCCGCACGCGCGGCAAAUCCGGUACAUGCGCCCAGCCGACGUUCACACUGUUAGGCGACUUCGCGAGAUAUGUGAGCUCGAGGGGUUGAACGUAACCGCAAGAGCUUUAAGCGUUCUCGUCGGCAUAGCAAAAGGAGACUUGAGGGGCUGCCUGAACACACUGCAGUUCAUCAAAUCGAGGAAUGAGGAUGUCACAGAACCACUCAUACGACGGGCUACAGCGGGCAUGAAGGAGGGAGACAGUACUACAACUACUGUCCUCAAGGAGGUCUUCGCACCACUUUCUGAGAGGCGAAUAAAGGACCUUGCAUUAGGGGAAGACGAUGGGACGCGUUAUGUCAGUCGCUUGAAUCGGGCGAUAGAGGUCCUCAAUAACCCUGCCAGCGUCGCAAACGGAUGUUUUGCUCAGUAUCCACACUAUCGUCGGCACGAGGCGGAUAUGUCGCGAUACCGGCAGGUAAAUGAGUGGCUGGUGGCGUUUGAUACCCUGUCGUCGGCCAUGUAUGCCGAAGGAGAAUUCGAGCUGCACGGCUACCUCCCAUAUCUUCUAAUACCCUUCCACCCCCUGUGUCGGGAACAACGGAGCCAGCGAGUGGAGAGGGAUACAUCCGAUUGGGAUAACCUACGACUCACGCGUGCUAAUGAGGAGAUUUACAAAUCACUAGCUGAUGGCAUCCGCAACUCCAGCAAGACGCCCUGUGCUUACAGACACCUUAUCACGGGACAGGCCCUCUCUCUUGAAUUUGCACCAUACAUUAACCGCAUAAUAUCCCCUCCCUUGCGACCAGUCAAUAGCCAGAUUAUCAAGCCCGCAGAGCGUGCGUUGGUCUCUCGCCUUGUGGAGAUCAUGAUAUCCUUGGGUUUGCGUUUCGUUCAGGAAAGGGCAGAGGAUGGACAACUGGUGUACAGGCUCGACCCCCCAAUGGAUGUGUUCGUCACCUACGAUGGCAAACGCGCACCUGACAUUGCAACUUCGAGAUACGCAGUUCGACAUCUUAUCGCCGCAGAGAUUGACGCUGCUCUCGCUGUACAUCCAGUCGAUGUCACGCCGAAGAGCGGAAAUUCCAGAGGGAGAGGUCACUCCAGCAAAAAGAUGCUGGAGGAGCGACCUGAUGGUGAUAUAGCUGAUACGGAAGUCGUCGGCAAAGAGGGUCCGCCGCUACUGGACGAAGAUCAACUUCCUGUUCACAAACGUCAUCGCCCAGCAGACUUGAUGGAUGACAAGGACCCCGUUGAUUUCUUUGGACGUCCAAUUGCCGUGCCUCGCAAAGCAUCGAGUCCAGGUGCCCCACGAUCGGAGGGCGCGUUUGUCCCGUUCCGUACGACAUAUCGUUACCUCGAAGGAAAUUCAGCGGCUGUGCGUAAGCCCGUGAAAGUCGCUUCCUUUCUGUAACAUGUGGGAGAUGUUUUCGCCUGUAUUUGCAUCCGAAAGGUGUAGCGGUUCGCUGGCCGCUCGGAUGGUGCCCCUGCAAGUAUCUGGGCCAAUUCCCUGCUGUUUCAAUGAAACUUGGAUUCGUGGAUGCAUACACGACAUUUCGAUAGAUUGUUCUCAAAGAGUUCGUCACCGACAGUAGCGCCAAGUGUCACCUACAACUAAGAGACGGCUGAAAACCACGGCUAUUAUUUUUGUACUGCUUGAGAACUUGCCGGGUGCUCCGCGUGAAAGCCAACAUGUUGUGAAGCUAUCGAGUGCA